CCAGAUGCAUUGCAACUCUCCCAUCGUCCUGGCAGCUUGCUGAUGCCCGGCAGUGUGGUCCUUUGCAUGGCUACUGGGGUCUCAAAGAACCUCACAAUACACUGGAAAUAUGUGUCCGGUGAACGAAUUAAGACGUCUGGAAACAAGCUUUACAUCGGCCUGGCUCAAUUGGAUAAAGCUAGUAAGAAUCCACCCUUGAUCACCUACGAGUGCCGUGCCAAAAGAGAUGACGAAAAUCUGGUACGAAAUGUGACCUACAAGCUGGCGCGUAAGAGUUUCUACAUAUACACACAUAGUUUCAUGCAUUUCUUGUGA